UCUCUUCUCUCUCCUCUCUGUCUCUGUCUCUCGUCUGUCUGUCUGUCUCGUGCGUAUGUGUGUGUGUAAUGUGGAAACCCUUAAGGCCACUUCAAACCCAGGUGUAAACGGACUAAUCAAUCAGUCAGUGAAAUGAUGGUUAAUCACUAACCAUCAGUCGGUCACUACGGCAUACUAGCCCAGCCUCCACAGAGGAAGAAACUGUUUUGUCCCUGCACGCCGCUCUCCGGGACACGGCCAGAACUAGGGUGGAGGCCGGUGCGCACGCGCACGCGCGAUUCCUAAACCGGAGCGGUUUAGUAGAAACGCCCAGCUCCGCCCCGGAAGCGCAGUGAGGACCCGGCUGCUCGCAGCAUGGCGGCCCCCGCCAAGCGCGCGCGGGUAAGUGGCGGGUCGCCCCUCGUCGCGCCCUGUCCCUCCCCGAGAGCUGCCCGCGCGCCCCUGCCGCUCCCUGCGGGGUCCAGCGGCGGCGAGCCCGAGGGCGACGCGGUGGCCGGCUUCCUGCGCUGGUGCAGGCGAGUGGGGCUGGAGCUGAGUCCUAAGGUGACGGUGAGCCGGCAGGGCACGGUGGCCGGCUAUGGCAUGGUGGCGCGGGAGAGCGUGCGGGCCGGGGAGCUCCUUUUCGCAGUGCCGCGGUCCGCGCUUCUGUCCCCCCACACCUGUUCCAUCAGCGGCCUGCUGGAGCGAGAGCGAGGCGCGCUGCAGAGCCUGUCUGGGUGGGUGCCGCUGCUGCUGGCGCUGCUCCACGAGCUCCAGGCCCCAGCAUCACCCUGGAGCCCUUACUUCGCGCUCUGGCCAGAGCUGGGGCGUUUGGAGCAUCCCAUGUUUUGGCCGGAGGAAGAGCGGUUGCGACUCCUAAAGGGUACAGGUGUCCCCGAAGCCGUGGAGAAGGAUUUGGUGAACAUCCGUAGCGAAUACUAUUCCAUCGUCCUGCCCUUCAUGGAGGCUCACUCGGAUCUCUUCAGCCCCUCUGUUCGCUCCCUGGAACUCUAUCAGCAGCUCGUGGCCCUCGUGAUGGCUUAUAGCUUUCAAGAACCGCUGGAGGAAGAUGAUGAUGAAAAGGAGCCCAACUCACCCUUGAUGGUGCCUGCUGCAGACAUACUAAACCACAUAGCCAAUCAUAAUGCCAAUCUAGAGUACUCGGCAGAUUAUCUCCGGAUGGUGGCUACUCAGCCCAUUCUUGAAGGUCAUGAAAUCUUCAACACAUAUGGGCAAAUGGCUAACUGGCAACUGAUUCAUAUGUAUGGUUUUGCUGAGCCCUAUCCUAACAACACAGACGACACGGCUGACAUUCAGAUGGUGACAGUCCGAGAUGCUGCACUGCAGGGAACAAAGGAUGAAACUGAAAAGCUGCUCGUGUGUGAACGCUGGGAUUUCCUGUGCAAACAGGAGAUGGUAGGGGAAGAGGGAGCCUUUGUGAUAGGUUGUGAGGAGGUGCUGACUGAAGAGGAGCUAGCCACCACACUGAAGGUACUGUGCAUGCCUGCUGAGGAGUUCAGAGACUAUAAAGAGCGGGCUGGAUGGGGAGAGGAGGAGACAGAAGACGACAGUUUGGCAAUCACAGAUAUCCCCAAGCUCCAAGAAUCAUGGAAACGGCUUCUUCGAAACAGUGUUCUGUUGACCCUACAGACCUACACCACAGACUUAAAAACAGACCAGGACUUACUCAGUAAUAAGGAGGCCUAUGCCACGCUGAGCUGGCGCGAACAACAAGCCUUACAGACAUGGCUCAGCAUAAUAACACAGCGAAACUGGGAAUGCACAGAACUCAUUCAGAAUACAGCGGAAGCAGUCAGUGGUGGUGCACACCAUCCAUCCCAGCACUCAGGAGGCAGAAACAGUUGGAUCCCCAAGUUUGAACCAGCCUGGUCUACGGAGUGAAUUUCAGGACAGUCAGAAUACAGGAGAAAAGAGCCCCUUUAAGGCAUCAUGACAGUACAUCUCUCACCU